CUUUUCUUCCACCUCUGACUCUGGGACGCAUAAAGUUACGAAUCUAUCGCCCGAUCAAUCUGAUUCCAACCCCUUCUUAACCAUCGGCGUUACCUCACUGCUCCGCUAAGCUACACCAUGUGCCAAAGAAUGCAUCCACGAGUCAAAUACGCUUGCGGGCACGAAGUCGAGCAGUACCCAUAUAUCCAGCAAUGCGACGAAGCGAAGCAGCGAGGCUCAGAUUGCACAAAUCCUACGGAUAAUUACAGUUUAGGCAUGUCGUCUAGGAAGGGCAAGUGCCCAGAUUGUGGGUCUAAUUAGGAUGUGGUCGUAUGCGGUGGAGUCAUUGAAUCUCUCCCGUCUCUGAUUGGAAUCAUGGAAACGAAGCUGCUCGAUAUGGGACGAUUGGUCUUGUCUAGAUAUACAAACCCUAUGGUAUGCUUCCAGCAGACUCCUUUUCCAGAAAUUCGGUA